UGACCGUGACCUGCGAGCACAUCUUCUGUCUUUAUGUGCUCUACCAACACAUCGACCCCGACGAAGGCAGCCAAUACCGCCAAUGGCUGCUCUCGCAGCACACGCCGACGGCUCCUGGGGCAUCGCGCAGCCCUACGAGAGGCUACGCGCGCCGUCGCUGUACACAGUGAAUCCUGCUGCACCAAGCGAGAUCCGGCGACUGGGCAGGCAUCAAUCCGCCCAUGCACGCAGGUAUCAACGCCCUUUUACUCGAGGGGUACAAGUUACACGAGGAACCUAUCCAGCUUAGUCUAGCAGCCAUCGAACGCUUCCACCGAAAAGACAACCAUGGCAAGCGCCUCCAAUGCUCUCUCUUCCCGGUCUGGGAUACUGUACUCAUGAUUCGCACAUUUUGUGAACCCUCGCAUGAGGCCUCGCAGAUGAUUGGCUCUAAUAUACAAGGAUUCUCGGUCUCGUUUAGUAGCGUCUGGUCCUGCAUCUCGGCCCUGCAUCUUAACUAUAUGCCCUAUACCCGAGACUUGUUGCCUAGAAUGCAUAUAGAUAUAUUAUCUGUUUUCCUUCUAAUUACCUCAACUCAACAUGCACUACACCAACAUCGCACCUCUCCUACACCGAAUGACUGAAGAUGCCAUCCGGACUCCUCAUCGCGCAACUCGCCGUCUACACCCCACUGACACUUCCAACCCUCUACCUUCUCUUCUGCUACGGCCGCCACGGCCCCCUCGCCUGGUUCUACUACCUCGCC